UAACUCAAAAAAGGAACCAAAUGAUGCCAUACAGGCUCGUUCAAUGCUUUUUCAAACCGGGACCACGGCCCUGGACACAAAGAUAGAUGGAAAGUGUGCGUCAACCUGUGACUGCCAAUGGUCUGAAUAUAAAUGUAGAUGCUUCCGCUUUUUUACAUGCCAGACUUCCUGGAUUGAUGCAGAGAAACAGUGUUUGGACUACAACGGGAACCUGGCCUCUGUACACACUCAUGCGGAGUACACCUUCAUACAGAACCUGAUUAAAUCUCAAACUCAAGCUUCAACUGAGGCCUGGAUAGGAGGCUAUGGCUCUGUUUCAAAAGGAAACUGUCAUGGUUCACACACACGAGGAACACGGGAACGAAGGAGCGAGGAGACACGGAGUAAAGUAACUCAAAAGAGUUUAUUAAACAAAGGCUGGGGUUCACAGGACUCGACACAUCAGGAGGACAGGAUGCCGUUUAAUGACUGACAAAAGACAAGAACUAGAACACACUUUAAAUACACAGGAGCUGAUGAGGGGA